AUGCAGGUGACGGAAUUGCCGGCGGAUGAGCCGCGCAAGCCUCGGCGGUCGCUGAAGUACGUGGCUUUCGCCGCUGUGGCCUUUGCCACUAUUAGUGUGUUGGCAUGUGCUGUGACAUUGCCAAUUGUGUACAAUCAUGUGCAGAGUGUUCAGUCUUACAUGCAGAAUGAGGUCGACUUUUGUAAAGUAAGGGGGUUGAAAUUUGAAUUUUUUGAAAUUUUUAAAACUAAAAUUUAAAAAAAUUUUUUAAAAUUUUCAGACCCGCUCCCGCGACAUGUGGAAAGAAAUGGUACAAAUCCAAUCAGCCUCAGGUAUUCCUACCAUCUCCACCGCCGACCGUACCAAACGUCAAACCUACGACGCACAUCAACUGGCCGGUCUAGGCGCAGCCCCAGGAACCAACGGUAACCCACAAGGUGGAUCGUGUUGUUCAUGCCAAGUUGGCCCACCAGGGCCACCCGGCCCACCAGGACGUGAUGGUCGUCCAGGUGCACCAGGAAGACCAGGAAACCCAGGCCCACCAGGUCGUGAUGGUGUACUAUUGCCUGGCCCACCCCCUAAACCACCAUGCCAAAAGUGUCCACCCGGCCCACCCGGUCCACCUGGACCACCAGGACCAAAAGGUUUGCCCGGACCACCAGGAGAGCCAGGAGCCCCAGGCCGUGAUGGUACACCAGGUCUGCCCGGUCCACCCGGACCUCAGGGGCCACAAGGACCACCAGGCCAGCCAGGAGACAAGGGACCACCAGGAGAGCCAGGAAAAGUCAUCAACGGUGCACCACCAGGUCCACCUGGACCACCCGGCCCGCCAGGACCACAAGGUCCACCAGGACCAUCUGGUCGCGACGGAGAACCAGGCAAACCGGGUCCACCAGGACCGCCUGGAGAUGCUGGAGAGAAGGGAGCGGACGGUCUGCCUGGACCACAUGGACCACCUGGACCAAAGGGACCACCUGGCAACCCAGGAAGCUGCGACCAUUGUCCACCACCUCGUACUGGCCCUGGCUAUACUCGGCGUUAG